AUGGUCAUCUUGACGUGGAACUCUAGACUAGAAGAGAGCCUUUUCGAGCUCCUCGGCCUUGAUAUGUUUUCGAAGGACGACGCCAGUGUUAUCAAAUGGGAUCUUCAGUUGGCACACCAACUAGACCUUCGCUUUCCGUCGAGUGGGAAUCCGAGAGACGGCAGGGAUGUGGGCCGUGUGGCGGAAGCUCUGGGCAUACCUAUCGAAAUUACUCCGAACGAUCACAACCCUACCAGCACACGCCUCACCCAUAACGCUGGUAUGGAUGCUUGUUUCACGCUGGAAAUCCUUUUAGCUUUGUGCUUCCUCACUCCGGCACAGAUUCAUCAGACAUUCAGUAACCGAAGUCCCCUUCCACAGCUUCCCUCUAGGUUCAGCAGUUGGAACAAGUCCCUGAACGACCCCAAAGCACUUCUCGCACCCAAACCAUUCAAGCCCUUUGAUACUCCUACAACUGGCGUUAAUACAACGUGGCAGACGGUCUCUCCUAUCGAAAAGAAGCCGCACAAGAGUACAGAGCCUUCACAGGCGGCAACUUUUCAACUAUCUCUCCCUAUCAAUCAGCAAGCCAUGGCGGAGUUAGUACCAGCGUCUUGGCGGACUGAUAUUCCUGGUCAAAUCAACAUCCCAUCAGAGAUCAUAACGCGAUGGGCAAUGAUUGGCUUGUACGCGGAUUACGGUUACCAUGCUCAACCUUCGCCCACUGCAACUUUGCAUCAGGAGCCCGGCUCCAUCGACGACAGAUACGCUCUACCGUCUUUGGGGACAAGUCAGGCUCCGCAGGCCUUGAUACCGAUGCCUCAAAAUCCCAACGCGCCCAGCCCUAUCAAGCCUAAGAUGUCUGUUCCUGCCAAGCGCAAGUCAUCCGCCCCUGCUGAGCCCAGAACACUACGCCCUUUUGUCUCUUCUUCGACGACAGAUGCUAUUCAGUCUGAUGAAGAGAUGGAAGAUCUCAUCACAUUUGAGUAG